AUGGUUAAUUCUUGUCACAUGAUAGUGAUUUGCCGCGUGUCGUCAUUUAGCAAGGGUAGGUCAGACAUAGCGGACUAUAGUACCAUGCGAGACGUACCUUCUCUAAAGAACAUACAGUUACUCCUAUUAGGCCUACUAUUCAACUCCACUCAAUUAAUAACUAAAAUAUCAUUUUUUUCAUUUCCAACUGAAUGUGGUAGACAAGUUUUAAAUCAACUAGGCCGAAUUCCAAUCAACAAAGAACAAUGGUCCCCAGCAGCAGCAACAGAUUCGGGAAUCCUUCUGAAAAGUUCACCCAAUUGGCAAGCUGCUAACGGUCACAUUGCCAUGAAGGGCUCAUCACCGUGGAUAGCUCAAAUUUGGCACACUAAAUUUGUAGAGAUGAUCUGUGCAGGCGUGCUUAUAAAUCAUCAAUGGGUACUAACUGCUGCGCAUUGUGUGCAAACGACGAACGCCACUGCACCAACGAUACGAAUUCAACUUGGUGAUCACGACUUGGAAUUACCGGAAGUCGGGCAAAGGACAUACAAUGUUCGUGAGAUCAUAGUUCACGAGAACUUCAAUAGCGAAACUUUUGAUAGCGAUAUUGCACUUUUGAAGGUAGAUGGAACGGUUGAGUAUACAAAUUAUGUAAUCCCAAGCUGUUUGUCAAAAAUACAGGACCACGAAUAUGAAUUAUUUAAUUCUGGUGUACUUGGAAAAGUUGUCGGGUGGGGAAAGGUCUCUGAAAAUGGCCCGUACCCCAGAUUUCUUAACGAAGUGAAACUGCCAAUUGUACCACAGAAAAUAUGUCGAGAAUCAACAUCAUACACCGUGACAGAUAACAUGUUUUGCGCAGGGAGCGGUCGGUUCAUGGGACCGGAUGCGUGCAAAGGGGACAGUGGUGCCCCAUUUGUUAUCAAUGAUGGUGACAAAGCGUAUCUUAUAGGUCUUGUGAGUUGGGGCGAAGGAUGUGGGAAGGAGGGUAAAUAUGGAUUCUAUACACGGGUCGGUAACUAUUUAAACUGGCUACGACAAAAGAUUGAUUCAUUAUAAACCGCACUGAUAGUAUUUGUGGUUAAAAAUCUGAAUGAUAUGACUUCCAUAUUGAAUCAGCAACUAUGAAAACAGUCUUUCAAAAAAUUGCCAUCCAAUAUAUUGUCAAUUUCAUCGUUAUCUUAAAUGUUAUAUCCGUUACAUUACUAGGUUUGUUGCUAAUGGCACAAAUAAAUGUUCUUUCCUUUGCGUUUAUCGGCAGCAUUGGGAAACUAUGAAGAUGAAACAUGAAAAUAUAUUGAAAACCAUCAUGAAUUCAAAAUGGUGUUGCGACGAAAUGAAUUCACCGUUUAUUAACACUUGAAGCAUAAAUAUAAUCGAAAAAAUAUAUUAUAUAUACGGUAGACAUUUAAAUGAAAGCAAAAGCUCAACAUUAAAUCAUGACAAAAACCAUCACCA